GUGUUGGUUCCUGAGUGCUCCUGACGCAAACAAGGAAAGUAAAAUGGCGGCCGGGGAAACUAAGCAGUGUGAAGCUGUGGUUACUAGAUAUCUAGUUAAACCGUCUCCAUCUAAUUAAUUCUCUUUCAAAAGGCGUUUCAGAGAUUUAACGUAUCAGCUGCUAUUCAACUGCAAUAUUACCAUGGGUUUAAAACUAAGUACAAACAAUCAACCACGUAUGCGCACUUACUCUGCAAGCACCCCAGGAUCGAGUGGUGGCCCAGGGGCUGAGGUAGUUGCACGAAAUGGGGGCCAGUCAUCGAGGGCUAGAGCCAGAAGUCUUGGGAAUUUCCAAUCUGGAAACUCUGGAUCUUUGAGUAUACCUGGAGCUUCUGGUGGUACACACCGAAGCAGUUCUCCAGAUUCAGACUCCAGUUCUCCUGAUGACGCUGCCAUUUUGUUUGGGGGUAGACCUUUCACCCAUUCUUUGCCUGUCCCCAUGCAUCUGUUUCAUGCGUUGCAAGGCAUCAAAUGCCCAGUAUGUUCAAAACAGAUAGCCUCAGAUGAUAUAGAGUGCCAUCUUGUCAUGUGUCUUACAAAACCUCGUAUAAGCUACAACGAGGAUGUUCUGACUGAAGACAAAGGGGAAUGUGUUAUCUGCUUUGAGGAACUCAUUCAAGGAGACACAAUAGCCAGACUUCCAUGCCUUUGUAUAUAUCAUAAAGGGUGUAUUGACAAAUGGUUUGAGGUCAACCGCUCGUGCCCUGAACACCCUUCAGAUUAAAAAUGAACUCUUUCCGACCAUAAGAAACAUUGUAUCAUAAUAGGGAUCUGGAUGGCAAAGCACGCCAUGCUGUCUCAGUGAACCUCCUGCAAACAUAGCACACUGUACAAACGUAUCUACUUGUAAAUAAGUAUUAGGCUUCUUCGUGAUAUGCUGAGCCACCCGUGCUGGCUGGCGCUUGAAACAUUGCUGCGCAACAGCCAGCGAACUUAAACUAUUUUGUUCUUUCUCUUGACAGCGUGGGGCGACUUCAUCGUUGGAAGUGAUAGGGAGGUGCUCAACUAUGAGGUGGACUUAAAGCCCGGCAGUGCUGUACCAAGAGUGAUGCACCCUGAUGAUAUAUUUAUAUAGAUACAUACACUAAUCAGUGUGCUGGAGUAAUUAGCUGUGGGAAGGGUUUCAGUUCUGUGUUGAUGUUUUUAGCUACAUAUACAUAUAUAUAAGAACUCUUUUAAUGCAGAUUUCCUAAUUUGUUGGUGUAAUAAAUAUACACAUUUUUUAUUUCAGUUUUUAACAUUGUUGGCCAUUCUUCUUUUUUUUUUUUUUAGACCUUUCAUUACGCCAAGAAUUUUCUAGGGUAUACGUUGGGAGGUACUUAAUUCAUCUGUUUCAGUUUGCUCUGUUCAUUGGUUUAACUAAUUUUUAAAUUUCGCAUUUAUUGUUGUGUGUUGUUUGUUUUUUUUUUUUAAUCAAAACUGAGCCAAUUUUUUAAAAAUCUCUUAUAAAUUUUAAAUAUUAAUUUGGAGAACAAAAUUUAAACAUUGAUAGGCCCAAAAAAAAUUUUAAUUGCUCAAGUUAAAUAUUUAUUCAAAAUUAAUUUAAUUGAUAUGAUACUAGAUGUUGAAAACAGCAGUAUCCAAUUUGAUGGUAUUCUUUUGAAAUGUACUGAUCCUUGUUAACAGUAAACAAUUGUUUACUCACAAAAGUAAGUUUUUGUCACCCUUGUAGUAUGCUUCAAGUCAGGCUGUGUUAAAGGUAAGAUGUGUGGUUUACUUCAUCAUCAGCAGUACUACUAAAAGGGCCAUAGUAAUCGUAAGCAAUUCUACUUAAAAAGCCAAUCAGCGGUAGAGGUUCAUCUGCUGAUUUUUCCCCAGCCUAAUUAACAAGGCAAGCAAAAGGAUGGGUAUCUAGGCCUCAUGAGGGGGGAUUAAAGCUGUGGUGGACAUUAUUAAAACUAGUAUGAUGUUGUGUCACAGUGGUUAAAUCCAAAUUCCACUUGUCACACUAGACAUGUACUAAGAAUCACUGUUCUGAUUAGCAAGUAUUUCUCAUUGAUUUGUUCUGGUGAGGGCUAGAUGUACUGCUCUUCCUACCCUUGUUUUUUUUUAUUUUUAAAGCCGACCCUUUGAAAAUAUCAAAUAUAUUCUCAUAUUUAUGUCAGUUCUUUUUGUUUUGUUAACACUCUAGUUUUUUUUAACUUUGUUUCUGAGCAUUUUCUUAAAAACCUACUUUUUUUUAAAAAUUAAAUUUUGUUUCGGAGGCAUUGUUAUUUUUAUAAAUUAUUAGCGUUGUAGAAAACUUGUGUUUGUUAUUUUAUGGUAGGUUUUUUUUUUUUUUUUGAUUUUACUAGAAUUGAUUGUUUUGUUUAUUUUAGUUGAAAUGCUUCGGGUGAAUAGGUUGCUGCGCGUGUAUCGGACAUUGUUUAAUGAGUAUGAUGAUGUAAUUAACAUUUUUUAUAUAUGAUAAUGUUUUUAAUGAAAGAAAAUCGAUUCAAUUACAGAAAAGUACAAUAUAACAAUACUUAAAUUUUAUUCUUAUUAUUAAAUACAAUUUAUAUUUAAAAAAAACAUCUUUCUAAAGUGUUCUUAAGCCAACUAUAAAUAUCACUGAAAAUACUAAGGACCUUUUUCAGAAACUUGUUUUAAAGAAAACAAAAUUCGGUUUGGAAAAUACAUAUCAAAACAUGUUGUGUUUUUUUCUUAAUUUUAUGAGUGCAUGUCAACUUUGAAAUUGUUUAAAUUUGCUCUCGAUUAUGUGACUGUUAUUUCCCGUUGCCUGUCAUCACCUGUGAAUGUGAUCUAGUGUCAUGUACCGGUACAAAUGUUGUCAAGAACCUAUCGCCUGUGUUUCAUCUACUCAACUCAUUCAUUCUGUGAUGGUCUUACUCCCUCUUUAACGAUUUAACCCACUCUCUUGUACUUUUGAGUUCUCACAACUUUGGGAGCUGACAGAAUUUUCUAUUGUUGGAGUUCAGGCUUCAGUUUUUAACUCUUUCUUUCCGUAAUCAUUUUUCCACGUUUUGAAGGUUUUCUUCAUUAUGCUCAUUUCUAAUUCACUUCCCUUUUAUGAUUAAGCUUCAGUUGUUUUGUUGUUUUUUAUCAGAAAAUGUUUUAUUUGGUAUAGAAUUAAAGGGGAAUGCAUGCUCUUUUUUAUAUAACACAAAGUCAAGUUAAAACAAACUAAACAUUAAUUUAAUGAGGUCAAUUCAACGAUGGUAUCGUCGAUUAGGAGAGAAAGAGUUAAAUAUCUUUGCCCUAAAAUAUUAAUUUUUGUAUAAUCUCAUCAAGUAGUUGUUGUUUUUUUUUGUAACUUACUUAAUGGUGAACAUUGUAACAUUUCUGAUUAAAAAUGUGAAGGUGUGAAAACAGAAAUGUUAUUGAUCCUAGAAUCUUCAGGAAUUAGUAAUCUUUUGUUUAAGUCCAAACCUUCAUUCUAUGUGGCAGAAAAAAAAAUUGGACCAUAGUGGUUUGCUGUACCAAUAAUCUGUCAAAGUCUUUGCUCUGUUCUCCAAAUGUUUGAUUCAGUUCUUGUUUGACAAAAAUUUUGUUUGAUUUGCAUUAAACCUUUUUUUUUUUACAAUGUUUGUUCUAAUUGAAAUUUGAAAUCAAAUCACCCAAGUCUUUGAAUAUAUCUGACAUGGUAACAAUUGGUGAAAUAAAAUCACCAAAGUCUUUGAAUAUAUCUGACAUGGAACAAUUGGUGAAAUAAAAUCACCAAAGUCUUUGAAUAUUUCUGACAUGGUAACAGUUGGUAAAAGGGGGCUCAGCUACAGAAUGUCUUUUUUAUGAUUGUACACAAACAUUCAUGUCCAAUGACACUAAGAAAAUUUGAACUUAAAAUUUUUCAAAGUGAGGUGCUGUUAUUUUUAAGUCGUCGUGCAUAUGUAAGGUGUCAAGUCUUAAUAAUCAAUGAGGCAUAUCAUCUAUUUUCUGAACUGCCAUUUAUAUUUUUUAAAUUACAUAGCUGUGUCUUGUGACUGUAUUAAAUAAGUAUAGCUUUUAUAUAGCGCUACUUUCAUGCUUAUAGCAUGCUCAGAGCGCUAUGGUCCAAACUCAUUUGUGGACCAGUUGGGGGGGGGGGUAUCUGGGAGAAGGUUUUCCGUGCUGCCUUUAGGCACUUAGUAAACACAACUCUGCUCGAGUCAGGUGUCAAUCCUCGAGCCCCCUUCAUAUGUAGCCAAGUUCAAGCGUUCUUAGCCUCUUGACCACGCUUCCCAUUGCCUAAGAGUUUCAAAAUUUUCACCCUUUCACAGUUGUUUUUUUUAAAUUCAGUUUUUAAGGAUAAAUGUAACUUUGAACUGCCCUGUGUGCCACUUUGUCUAUAUUUGUAAGAUACUAGAAUGAAUAGCAUUGUACAUAAAACACAUUGUCUGUUAUUGUGAAUAACUAAUGUUAGGGUUGCCUGAUGUACAUUUGUGUUAGUGGGAAGAAUUGUUUUGCAACUUAUUGAACCUAACAUUGUUUGAUUCAUAUGUAAAUAUGUAUGAAUAGUGAAGUAUAGAUGAUGUUGUUUUUGCCAUAAACAUUUCAAAACAAUUGUUAUGUACGGGAGAGACUAUUUUUGUAAUCAGUUUUGUAAUAUUUAUGUAUGAAAAUCAGACAUGUUUUUACUUCACUUUAAAAUUGGUCAAUGGCGCCAUGGACACUUAACAGUUUUAUAUCGAGGAAAUGUUAUGUAGCAGUAAUACAGAAAAUGUUUGCAGCUCAAAAAUAAGUCAGCUCUUCUCCCCCUUUAUUUAAAGGUGUUGAUGCAUUGGAGUGCCACGAACCACACCUUUGAGAUCCUCUAUUUUUUUUAUGGAAAGUGCAAUACUCUGAGGCAGAAAACUAUUUAUCCCCACACUCUUUUUAACGAAUAGCCUGAAAACUAAGCAUUGCAGCUUUGAAUUACAAACAGAAUGAAGAUGUUUGAUUUACACUGGAACCUUACAGGCCUGCUUUGUAUUUAGUUUUGGAAAAGUCUGUAAAGUCAUUUUGAAUGAAAUUAGAAAAGUCUUGGAAUAAAACACCACUAAGGCGUCCAUUUUUCAUCUUCUGCUUUUGCAUGGUUUCUUCAAUUCAUGUCAUCACAAAAGCUAUGACUUCUUACUUGGGUAGGUUUUGCCAUGCUUUCAAAUAUCUGAUGUGCCAGAGGGGGUCAUGCUUUACUUCUGCGUAAGGCACUACUGCUGAAAAAUUGAUUUAGGAAAGUAUGGAAAGUUACAAAAAUCCCAGUAGUAGUGCCUUUUGUUUACUUCUGUGCAGGGACAUUGGCCUCAAUAUUACUGAUCACAUAUUUCCUGUGCAGGUAUCAACCAACCCUCUGUACUAUUUUUCUUCUCCCAAAUAGCAUAUAGAUUUUGUUUUAAAAGUUCAAUCAGAAAUGUUUGUAUAAUGGGAGCUGUACUUGAAAGUUCAACUUUUGUAAAUAAAUUAAUGUACAGUCUACAGUCUUGUUUUCUUGACUUUUGAUUGUCCCCAUAUCAACGUGAUAAUAAUAAUAAUAAUCAUCUGUUAUCCGUGAGGAAAUUUGUUACAAAAGACCUGGUUUAAAUGUUCUGACCUAAAACUAGAAGUUACGUUGAAAUCUUAACCCAACAAUUUGUUGUUGUUUUUUUUUAAUGCUUAAAAGUCAUCCAGUCCACGAGUUUCAUGUCAACAUUUGAAUGCAAUAACUUCUUGUGUGUCCUUUUUGUUUGUUUGCCGAGUUCAGUUUGAAAUGCAGCUCAUUCAGUUGUAGUUCAUUAGCCUUGUGUGGUUAUUGUUUGUAGAACUGGUUAACUUAGCAGUCACGUGACUCUAGCUCACAAUGUAAGUCCUAUCAGUGCUGCUGAGGCAUGAAGUGUUGUUUAGUAUUGGUAAACAUUGGUUCCACUCCCCCAGCACUAUUUCUUAUUUUAAUCCCUUGCAGACAAAUUUUUUACUUUUAUUCUAGCCACAGAUUUCAAGAAUCUUCAGCUCUGUGUUUAACCUUAGAUACAUGGGUUUUCAUGAAAAUAAAUGUAAAAUUAGGAUGCCUUUCAGUUUGUAAUGAAAGCUGUACAAGUCUUUCAGAACCAUAGGCAUGGUCUUCGUAGCAGCGACUUUUGGCUUCAAAGCUCCAGUCAUCUCUGGCACAAUAACUUAAGAUAAAUUUCAGAAGUGUUCAAUGUAGUAAUCUUUUUACAAAUAUUGGUUGAAGGGCAACAGAACUAUUUCAAAGCACCAUUGCAGAUGAUGUCAAGACACUUUGGCAGUCUUAAUGUCACCAUUUUAUUUCUGUUUUUACACCAGAAUUCUUGUGAAACUGAUGCUGUAUCAUUCAUGUGUAUUAAUAUUCUCAUGGUGUCUAGUAGUGGUAUAAUAAAAAUAAAAUAGGAUCUGAGUACUUGGCAGCUUUUUUUUUUUUUUUUUGGCAAAUUUUAGUUUCAAUUUGUUUUAAUAAAUUAAUUUGUGUAAUCUUUAUUACUAUAUUUCUAUUUUGUACCGUAUUAAAUUGAUUUUUUUUUUCUUUUAUAUUUCAGGAAAAAAUGAUCAUGAAUGUCAGAUAAUUGUUUACAUUCAAUGUAGCCCAAUGCAAAGAAAGGUUAAAUUAGAUACCAUUAAAGUGGAGGGGCGGCCCUAGAGAUUUUAACAAUGUGAAAUCAAUUUGUCUUUAUUAUUUUACAGUUCCCAAAUACAUAAUUUAUCAUGGCUGAAUUAAGUAAAUAUUUUAAAACCAUUUAAGUUCUGAAUUUAAAUGAAAUUCUUUUCAAUUCUUUUCUUUAAUAAGAUAUAUUUUUUUCCACCACUAAAAAAAAUAUUAUAUUAUGGUAUGCAAAUAUUUUGAUGGCACAUAAAAUAUAAAAAAAAAUUGUUUUAAUCUAUAAGGUACUGAUAUUUUUUAAAAGGCCUGUCCUAUUUGAAUACCUUUCAGUGCAUUGGGAUAUAUUUACAUAUUCCCUCUUAAAAUGUUUUAGAUCUUUAUUAUCCAGUGCAAAUUAUUUUCCACUAUAUGGAGUGCUCUUUUUUUUAAUUUUACUUAAAAAUUUCUGUGCUGCACUGACCAAAUAUGUUUCUGAAGUUCAAAUGUUAGACAGUGGGGGAUGUUCCAGAAGUCAGAACAACUCACUGAAGAUAUCAGUUAAUGUACUAAAGCUGUACGCUUCAUUGUAAGUCAUUUGAGUUUUGUAUCAUUCUCAAUGCUCAUGUCAUUGAAGUCUUUCUUAGCAUUGGUUGAUUCCAUUCAAUAAAAUAGAUGAAAAAUAAAAA